CGUGAACGGGAUUCAUAGAAACAUAAAUUAUAGAGUUGGAAGAGAUCUCAUGGGCCAUCCAAUCCAACCCCCUACUAAGAAGCAAGAAAAUCGCAUUCAAAGCACCCCGGACAGAUGGCCAUCCAGCCUCUGCUUAAAAGCCUCCAAAGAAGGAGCCUCCACCACACUCCGCGGCAGAGAGUUCCACUGCUGAACAGCUUUCAUAGUGAGGAAGUUGUUCCUGAUGUUCAGGUGGAAUCUCCUUUCAUGUAGUUUGAAGCCAUUGUUCCGCAUCCUAGUCUCCAGGGCAGCAGAAAACAAGCUUGCUCCCUCCUCCCUAUGACUUCCCUUCACGUAUUUGUACAUAGCUAUCAUGUCUCCACUCAGCCUUCUCUUCUGAAGGCUAAACAUGCCCAGCUCUUUAAGCCACUCCUCAUAGGGCUUGUUCUCCAGACCCUUGAUCAUUUUACUCGCCCUCCUCCGAUUGCCACCCAAUGCUUUGAAGCAACAGUGGGAAUCAGGCACCAUUUCAACUGCGGUGACUCAAUGCUGUGGAAUCCUGGGAGUCGUAGUUUCACCAGGGCCCUGCAAAGAGUGCUGCUGCCUCGCCAGACUACAGCUUCCAGACGCCCAUUGCAUUGAGCCACGGGAUGGAAAGGGGUAUCAAACAGGGUCUGUUCUGGCUUGUGGAGUCAGCCUCAGGCAGCGGUCGGCUUCCCAAGGGAUGUUCCUCCCAGUCUGAAGGCCUUCUUUGCCCCUCAAGCGCCAUUUUGUUCUUCUCAGUCUCCGUUUGGGAAGAGAGCUGCCUCUCGACUUCGGCCAAGAAGGCCCCUUUGAGGCCGAUCCUCAAAGAAUCUCAGGCCUGAAGUUUCCGUCAGAAAAGACCGCAAAGGGAUCGUGUUCACAGCAAUCUGGAUGCUGUUUAUGGUGAAGUGUCAAUACUGGCUUAGCUUUAAAGGAUUAUUAUUAUUUAAGUCAAGCUCUGAACCUUGCUGCCACAAUCGGAAAUGUUCCCUAUCAUUAUUUCAUUGUUAACAAUGGGAUCUCCUCUCAGGAGUCACACUUUUGCCUGUUUAAACCUCCUUGGGGUGUUUUUUGUUUUGUCUUUUGUGGUCUUUCAGUUCAGUUUUCUCAGGAACUCGGCUCAAAAGCAAGGUUUAAAUCGGCCUUCUUGAACGAGGCCUCCUCCAGAUUUUUGGGACUAAGACUCCCAUCACCCAGGAGGACAUGCUGGGUAAGGACAAUGGGCACUGUAAUCUGACACAUCAGACGUUAUGGCACUGGGCAUGGAAUGGAGGUCAGUGUCUAUUGAUGGGAAAACUGAAUGCCUAAUUAGUACGUGGUGCAUCACAAGGAUAUCAUCAAGACAAACUCCCAGGAUAUGAAUACAGGCAACCUUCAAAGGGUUCCUGGGAUUGUGUUUGUUUCUACUUCAGGGUGCUUCCAAACAGCACCAAAUCACGGGUUUUACCUCAGGGGCAAAAAAAUAAAUAAAAUACUGGGACCUGAGAAAAUGUCCACAUACAGUUCUGUUGGUCCCAGGAUUUCUCCUCCAAUGUCCAGACCUGCUACUUUGUCCUGGGAUUUUGAAGCCUGCAAGAUGGCCAUCACGGGAUGUCCACUGGAAAUUUAGACUUAAAAGAUGCGAAUAUGCAAAUCGUUGUUCUUGGGUUAAACAUUUUUGUUCUUCAUUGCUUUUAUCGUGAAAAGAUGCAGAAUGUUGACUAGAGGGCGAAAACUUUGUCCUGGCCAGUUAAUGAAGUUUCUAGGACGCAAACAAAGUUUAUGGAGUUGUUGUAUGUUUUCCAGGCUGUAUGGCCAUGUUCUAGAAGCAUUCUCUCCUGACGUUUUGCCCACAUCUAUGGCAGUCAUCCUCAGAGGUUUUGAGGUAUGGAGAAACUCAGCAAGGAAGGUUUAUAUAUAUCUGUGGAAAGUCCAGGGUGAGGGAUGAACUCUUGUCAGUUGGAGGCCAGCGUGAAUGUUGCAGUUAAUCACCCUAAUCUGCAUUGAAUGGCUUCAUCUACUGGCUACUUUCUGCCUGGGGGCAUCCUUUGUUAGCUGCCCCUAGUUCCCAUGUCUCAGAGUGUUGCUUCUUAUUUGAUGUUCUGAUUUUUGAGUUUUUUUUAAUACUAGUAGCCAGAUUUUGUUCAUUUUCAUGGUUUCCUCCUUUCUGUUGAAGUUGUCCACAUGCUAGUGAAUUUCAAUGGCUUCUCUGUGUAGUCUGACAUGAUAGUUUAUGGAAUAGGAUCAUGACUUUCCAAGUCAGGACUACACAAUCAAACAGGAACACACACUUUCAAGCCAGGAAUAGGACUUUAUUAUCACUUUUUAGAGGCUGCGUGGCCAUCCGUGCAGACAGGUUUGGUAGUGGACUUGCGCCUGGGAACUACAGGGUGAUGUUCCUGGGUUAUGCAUGUCUGUUCCUCAUCACUUUUAUCCUAAAGGCAUGGGGAAAGUGGAUUACAGGGCAAAAACUUUGUCCUGGCACUGUGUCACACAAAGUUUGGGACCCAUUGCCCCUUCAAAGCAGAAGAGCAGAAAAGGGAGACGCAUGGGGCCACCCUUCCUUGCUUCUAUCCUGCUGGGCCCCCCUCCCCUCCCAGGAGCAGCUGGUUGUUUUCCUUUGAAAAGGUUCCAUUCUUGCCAUGGAGACCGGGGGUUCUGAGAAGCCUCCGUCAGUUGGCCCUGCCAUUUCCUUCUUGACCAGCAAGAUGGGUAGAGGGCAUUCAAGACAAGUCCCACUGAGGCCGCCUGGGACAAAUGCCUCUGCGCCACAAGUCCCUCCGCGUGCCCCCCUCGGCAUGGCCCUGGAAACAUGGUUCAGGAAGGUCAGGACGAGGCGCUCGCUUCGCCGCGUGGGCCCCGAAAAUGUAGCUGUUCCUGUGGAUCCUCCAAGUCCUCCGGAGACACAAGGAACGCGCGCGGAGAAGCUCUCUCCCCGGACGCAGAUAAUUGAAGUGAGGCCAGCGUCCAAGUUUCUGGGGAGAGAGAAGCUCCCCUGGGAGGCUAGCAGCCUUCAGGCGGAGCGUAAGAACCAGACCUCAGAGAGUGCAGAGAGCUUCCUCUCGGAGCAAAUCCUGACUUCACCAAAGGACAAACAACCCAUAGAGUUGGGUUCAAAGGAAGUUGGGAUCCCUUCGGAGGUCCUGGAGGAGGGGGCGGCCCGGGCCCUCGAUACAGAGAGUGUCCAAGAGCCCCCUCUGAAGACAUCGAUGGACUCCGAAGCGGCAACGCUGGCUGACAUCCCCAGCCUGGAGGAUGAGGUGUGGGACCCUCUCCCCAGUACAAGCAGCUCCGUAGGACCCGGCGAAGAUGAAGAUCCUGCCCUGCACCCGAGGAGAUGGUCCUCCCUGGACCCAGAACAGGCAAAACAACACCUGCACCAUCUUUGCCUGCUGGUCUGCAGUUCCUCCUCUGCAGAGGUCACGCAGGCAGUGGAUUACGUGGCCCGAAAACAUCUAAAGAUGGCCACGGACCACUUUCUGGAGUCCGACGGGAGGGCAUGUGGUGAAUUAGUAAGCGCCGUACUCAAUUCACCAUAUUGUUGCCUGGAAGCGGCGCUGGACCUGUUCCUGGCCAAGGUGAAGGAGGGACCUUGGCUGGCCCAGGAGGGCAAGGAACAGGGCAGCCCUACUUUUGAUGCGGCCACGGCAAGAGCGACGCGGGCCAUCGGCGGGAUCGUCAGACACAUCAGGGACAGCACGCGCCUGGAGGGGUGGUUCCUGGAGCUUCUGCUCGCCUUGGUGACCAACUUCAUCGAGGUGACAAGGCCUGGGUUGGAGGCACCCAGCAGGAACCGGAGCAACAGCUACGUUCCUCCAGAAGAACUGGCGAAGAUCAUCAUCGUGCUGGUGAAGAGGGUGGCACCAAAGUCCUUCAACAGGACCUCCGAGUGGAUGCUAGAAGAUGACCCAAGCAUCUGCCCUGAGGGGAUAGCCCUCCAGUUGCGGAGCCUCCUCAAGUCCUCCUCCUCCUCCCUACUCCAGCACCUGCAUUCCAUCUGGGAGAAAGAAGCGCCGCUGGAGCAUUCGGCCGGCGUGGUGGCCUUCUACGUCCAGCUGCUGCAGAUCGGCCAGCGCCCACACUCCUCGGAGAAGACCUGGGCACUGCUGACGGCCUGGCUUCAACAUCACAGCCUGGCCGUCCAAGAUCAGAGCAGGCAGGGCCUUCUCCUGCUCUGCGAGACAUACUGGGAGACCAUGGGCCUUCAGGAACUCCUAGACGGCAUCAUCGGCGGAAUGCAAUCACCGCACACUAACAUCGCCAUGGAGUUCCUGAACCUGGCUGGCCAGCUGGAGCCCCUGCUGCAUAUUGAAGACCGGGCCCUUGCGAAGGUUCACCUAACUGCCACGUGCCGCCGCCUCUUCCACCAUGAGGCGGCCAACAUCCGAACGGCAGCCCUCGAAUGCUUCCGGCAUUUCAUCUGGCGCCCGGGACAUCCUCUUCAGGAGCGUCAAACCAUCAGUGACCUCCUGGUGGUGCUGAUGCAUGUGGAGGAUGAGGAUGAGGAGGUGGCCAAGACUGCGAGGGAGACCCUCAGGGAGGCGGCGGACGUCCUGAAUUGGCACCUGAAGGACAGCGUUCUGGCGGAGGACACCUUCAGCUUGCAGGAGCUGCUGCAUAAGAUCUCCAAGCGCCUGAUCCAUCAUUGCCGCCCCAGGAAAGAGUUGGAGGAACAGGUGUAUGGCUGCCUCCGUAUCUUUAAAAGCCAACGUCCAUCGGCUAGAAAGGUGGCAGCCAUGUUAGUCGGCCACAUUCUGCACAACAACUACAAGAUGUGUGCCGACAGGAACCUCUACACCUACCACACCUGGCUGAUGAACCUCCUUGAAGACCGUGACCCUGAAGUCAGGCGAGUUGGCAGGGAGACUAAGAUCAUCCUUGCCAGGGUCACCGCCCUACACCACCGACAAGGGCUGCGGGCUGCUCUUCGGCGCUUGGCGGCUCCCUGCAGGCGGGAGAGGUACCCCCCAGAGUACGCCAAGAGGCCACCCGCCUGAUGGACUGGAACACCACGAUCCCACGUGCGCCCGCCCGGAACACCUCCGCUCCAGCUGUGCCGCAUCACCAAAGGGAAGUAGCAUUCAGGAGGCGGGAGUCUGCCCAGCCCUGGCCCAGGGAAGCCCUGCCCCCCCGCCCCCAUUCUGGGCCCCAUCGUCACCCUGGGGCCCUGGGGAGCAGAACAGAGCAGAGCAGAGAAGGAAGACCAUCUGGGCCGCCCAGGCCCCUGUGCUGUGCUCUGUUCUGUGUGGGAUUUGGGGGCCUGGAGGGGAGGGACAGAGCCAUCCCAAGGUAAUUUUUGGGAGUAGGUGACCAGAAUUUUGGCGACCCUCCCAAACAAAUUGCUGAUAAAUACCGGUGCCGGCGAUGGAAGGCCCAGCCACCUGUCCGCACGGCCACUCUCCUGCUCUCCCUCGCUGUCCAAGGACUCCUUGCCCGCCGCCUGCCUGUCGAUGGGCCUGUGUGUGUGCGCAGUCCUUCCAAUCGACCACGUGGUUGAUUGGAAGGCCUGCACACAUGCACAGGCCCAUCGCCAGCUGAGCCACCCAUCGGCGAGCGAUCAAAGCCCUGCACGUGCGCACAGGAGUCCCAUCAGCCAUUUUGGGCUUCGAUCGCUCACGCAGAUGGAUGGCUGGCAUGCCUUACAUAUCCGCGUGAGUGAUCAAAGCCCUGCGAAUGCGCACAGGAGUCCCAUUGGCCAUUUUGGGCGAUGAGACUUCUGUCCGCACACGCAGGGCUUCCAUUGCCUUGAGGCAGAAAAAAGCAUGGGCGAUGGCGGCGGGCAACGGCAGCAGGCACCAUGCUUACACGGCGGCGCCUCGAGUGCGUCCCUGUGGCUGUGCGCCACAGGCGACCGCUUAAUUUGCCUCGCCGUUGGACCGCCUCUGGGGAGGGGCCACCACCUGCACCCUGGGCCUUUCUCUUCCACAUGGGCUGGGCCCCGCCUCCUUUGACCUACAACCCCCCCUCCCUGACCCCUCCCUCUCGGCCUGGGAUGCCACCACCGCCCCCUCCCUCCCUCCCUUCUCCAAGGUGGCAUCCCUUCAAGGGCGCUUCUCCCUCCCUCUUGCCCACCCAGAUGUGCCACCCCUCCUCCCCUCCCUCCUCCUUCCCCCCCAAACAACCCCAUUGCCCCCUCCUCUGUCCCCACCCCAUCCAAAGGGUCAAGGGGAGGGUCAGGGGGUCUCAGCCCCUCCAUCUGUCCAGGCAGCUCGGGAGGCUCAGCUCCAUUUGGGGAGAGGUGGCCGCCUACAGGUGGCCAUUCCUCCUUCCAUGGUGCUGUGUCUCCCGAUGGGCUGAGAUCCCCCUUGGGUUCCCCUUGCCCCCCCCCAACACACACACACUUGUCAUAAGUACUUUCAAAAGGUUCUUUUAUUCCACUUUCAGUGAGACAGGUUGUAUUAGGCAGUAGACAGAAGUAGACACAGACUCCUGUAUUGGGUUUUAUAAUAAUCAUAUUGGUUACAUAGACAAAAGGGGAUAUUGCAUCAACAUUUACACAUAUAAUCUAACAUGCAUUCAUCAUUCAUUCAUUCAUCAAGCAUUCUUACCAUCCUUCUUGUUGAAGUUGAUCAGUUUCUUGAGAGGAGACGACAAGUCCAUGAAUUGUAGUUUUCCAGGCCUUAUUCCUUAUUCCAGUUAGGCCGCAUUCAUACACCUUUCCCACUCAAAUCACACAUAAUAUAUUUCAUAACAUCAUAUAUUUCUUGACACACCUGCCCCCUCCUCACCUGGAUUCACCCGGAAGGAGGCUUGGCUGCUGGGAGCCAGUAAGGAGGAGGAGGAGGGGUGGCGGACUCUAUUAACACCACUCGCGCUUCUUGCAGGUCCACUCCAGAUGGAGGAAGAAAGGGACCGUGACCUUCGAGGGAACACCGAGGGACACAACAUCAAAGGACCCUGGUCAUCGAGGGACAUACCAUCAAGGGACCCGGCCCUGACCUUCGAGGGACCGUGACCAUCGAGGGACAGUUAACAUCAAAGGACCCUGGUCAUCGAGGGACGUAACAUCAAGGGACCCGGGCCCUGACCUUCGAGGGACCGUGACCAUCGAGGGACACGUAACAUCCAUGGACCCUGACUGGCACCUGUAGGAAGAAGACAAGAGAAGACAGGACUUCUUUUUUGUUGUUGUUGUUGUUUUAUUGUAAACUUUUAAAAUGUGUAUGUGUUGUUUUUUAAAAUGUGUAUGUGCUGUUUUUAAAAUAUGCAUGUUUAAUAUAUUUAUUAUUUAUUAUUUAUAUUUAAUAUAUUUAUUGUUGUCUUGUGUGGGAGCGGACUCCACUCCCCUGCGAAAGCGCUACUCUUCCCCUUUGGCUUCUAGGGCUGCCUCCUGUGAAUCCAGGGCUGGCCGUGGAGGGAGGGAGGCCCAGGCCUCUCUUGCAGCAGAGGGUUCCCAAGGCCCUCCUCCCUCCUCUGCAAACCCCAGGACUCACAGCCCAGCGCCGGAGUGGAAGAGCCGCCCUUGAGCAGCUCAGUGAGAGAAACCCCCCACUCUUGGUUUAUUGUAAUUUAAAAUUAUAUCAUUAUAUUAGUUAAUGUAUAAUUAGAAUAAAUGUAAUCCUUUAUUUUUAAUUUAGCAUUUUCCAUAUUAUUUAAUGUUUAAUUAGAAUAAAUGUAACCUUUUCCUUUUAAUUUAGCAUUUUCCAUGAAUUCCUUUGGGGAGGGAGACCCAAACUCAGGCCUCAUCGACACUGACCCUUUCAUGCAGGUUGAACUGCGUAUGAGGCUGGGUGUAUACUGCCCUCUAUCCCAGGAUCUGAUCCCAGAUUAUCUGUUUAUUAUAUGAGUCUGGGAAAAGCAGAUAGUCUAGGAUCAGAUCCUUGGGUAUAGGGCAAUGUAGAUGCAACCUGAGUAUGUUUUGUACAUAUAAUACAGUUCAAACUGCAUGAAAUGACAGUGUAGAUAAGGCUGCCAGCCCCAUCUACACUGCCAUAUAAUCCUGCUUCAGAAUGCAUAUUCACGCUGGUUUAAAAUGGAUUAUAUGGCAGUUUAGACAGGGCCUAAGAGGAAGAAGUUAGAGAAGAUAACAGUACUACAAUGUAGGGGAGAUCGACACUGUCCUAUUUCACAGGAUCUGAUCCCAGAUUAUCUGCUUUAAACUGGAUUAUAUGAGUCUACACUGCCAGAUAAUCUGGGAUCAGAUCCUGGGAUAAGGGGCAGUGUGGAAGGGAAUGUAGUUAGUGCAAAUAUAGUCCUGGGCUUACAGUGGGGGGAGGCCCAGGCUUCUCUGGUGGAGGGUUUCCAAGGCCCUCCUCCCUCCACUGCAAAUCCUAGAACUUUCAGCUCAGCGUUGGAGAAGAACUGCCCUUGAACCGAACAAUGAGAGUAUCCCAUAUGCUCUGUUUUUUGUAGCUUACCUUAUAUGAUUAUAUCGUAUAAUGUUGUAAUAUUUAAUAUCUGUUCAAAUUAGAAUAAAUGUACUGCUUUAUUUUUAAUUUGAUACUUUCCUUGGAUUCCUUUGGGGAGGGGGAGGGGGACCCAAAUUACCAGGGCCUGCACCUACUCUGCCAUAUAAUACAGUUCAAACUGUAUUAUAUGGUGAGUGUUGGCUCGUAUAAUGCAAUCUAACACAGUUAUAUGAAUCUACACUAACCAUAUAAUACAGUUUGAACUGCAUUAAAUUGACAGCAUAGGUGAGGCCUAAGAGGAAAUGAAAAUGCUGGUGUUUGGUUUAUGCAAAUAUUUGUGUCAUUACCCUGUGUCAUGUUAAGAUUAUGUGACCGUGAUGGCUGUGUAAAUAAAAUCUGUUUAUUUUUUUAGAACAA